GGAGGAUCGGUCAGUAAAUAACAGUUAAACAGACGACGUCCAAUAAUUAGAAUGGAGAAAGUUGUAAAUCAAGCAUUUGUAACAUUUUGUACUGAUGAUGCUUAUGCAGUUGGAGCUUUAGUAUUAGGCCAUUCUCUUCAACAAGUAAACACAUCAAGAAGUUUAGUAUGUCUGAUAACAGCAGGUGUUUCAAUGCAUAUGAGAUCUUGUCUUUCCUUAAAAUUUGAUAUAGUACGAGAAGUAGAUCUACUUUCUAGUGGAGAUGAUGCACAUCUAUCUGUUUUAGAGAGACCCGAACUAAGUGUGACAUUUACUAAACUCCAAUGUUGGAGAUUAAUUCAGUUUAAUAAAUGUGUAUUUUUAGAUGCUGAUACAAUGGUUUUGCAAAACUGUGAUGAAUUAUUUGAAAAAGAAGAAUUGUCGGCUGUUGCAGAUGUUGGUUGGCCAGAUUGUUUUAAUUCUGGUGUUUUUGUAUUUAAGCCAUCUGAAGAGACUUACAAGAAACUUGUUCAUCUUGCAAAUGAGAAAGGAAGUUUUGAUGGUGGUGAUCAAGGACUUUUAAACACCUAUUUUUCUAAUUGGGCAAUUAAAGAUAUUCAUUGCCAUUUAUCAUUUAUUUAUAAUAUGAAUGCUAAUGCUAUGUAUACUUACAUGCCAGCCUAUAAACAGUUUGGUAAAAAUGUGAAGAUAGUUCAUUUCUUAGGUAGUAUUAAACCAUGGAUGCAUAGUUAUAAUGAAGAAACAAAAAAUAUUACAUAUGAUUCAGAUUCAUCUUGUAUGCAAGAACAUCUUGAUAGAUGGUGGCAAAUAUUUAUAACAGAUAUACAGCCAUUAAUUGAAAAGAAAAAAGAGGAAGUGGUUGAAUUUGGAUCACUUGAAGAAAAAUUAUCUAAUAUUACAAUUAAUACCAUUUGUGAAGAGCAAACAUUCCAAGAUAAUGUGACAUCUAAUAAACCACAUUCUCGACAAUAUGCUUGGGAACAAGGUCAAAUAGAUUAUUUGGGUAUCGAUGCUUAUGAAAAUAUUGAAAAGAAACUAGAUGCUGCUAUAAAGGGAGAAGUUUUUGAUACUUAAAAAUUUUCAUUUUAAUUAUAUAGUAUAAAUAUAGUUUAAUUACUUUAAGUACAAUUUUUUAUUUACCUUUCAUAAAAUGUU